UUACGUCACGAUUAAAGAUAUUAAUAUCUUUAAUCGUGGUGUACGUGCAUAAAAAUACUUUUCUAUGAUUGAUUGGAACGUAUAAACUUUCAGGUAUACCAAAAGCUUACCAUGUAUACCAACCAAUCACAGAAAAGAAUUUUCUAUGCACAUACACGUACGUCGUACACAUAUAUGUAAUAGAAACCCGCCUAAAUGUACUUUGCACAGGUAUUCGGUUACCUACUGAUUAGUAGUGGUUUAUUUAAUAAAAUAUUAUACAGCUGCAGCCACAAUAUUUAUUUUUAUCUUUAAAAAAUCUUUUAUUAAAAUAUAUUAAUUAAGAGCUUAUAUGGUACAGUUGUACUCACUACGUCACUACUACGGUAUUUUGACUUUUGAACAUAUAUAUAUUUAACAGUAAGAACUAAGAAUACAACUACGUGACAGCAAUUAAUUCAGAUAAAAAUGUCAAGUAAUGAUGUAAAUAAUACAAGUAUGCUCAAUGAUCUGAGUAAAUUCAAUUUAAAUUUUUAUGAAAGUAGUAUUGAACUUUGGAGAAUUGAAGAAAUGUGUCGUUUAAAAGUAAACAGUAUUAAAGAAAUCAAACAUUCUACUGAACAAGUCACUUUAGAAAAUGGAUGGAUUAAAAAACAACUGCAUGAUACUAAAUCAAGAAUAGAUGAAGUUAAAGAAAAUAUAGUGAGGUGUAUUGACAACAUUAUUUUCUCUCUUAAUGAAACAUUAGCUCAUCUAGAAAUGCAAUAUAAAAAGAAAGAAUUCAUACUAAAUAAAUCAAAACGUGAAUAUGAAUUACAAUUGUUUAUAAAAAUGGAAUUGUGGCAAAAAAAAGAGGCACGACUAAAUAAUAUACCUGAAGUUAAACUAAUAAAAAUUGCCGACUCUGAACUAAAAAACACAAAAUUAGAAUAUGAAGAGUUGUUGAUAAAUCUUCAAAAUUUAGUUGAAAAGAUUGAUAUAGCUACAAAUGAAAACGAUGAAAAACAGAACCAUGUUAUUAUCGAAUAUGCUAAAGUUUAUAUUGAAAUGCUAUCUUUAAAUAAGCGAGAAGAAAACUGCAAAACUCUUUUAAGAAAAUUGAAUGCAGAAUAUAAUGAGAAAUGUUCUAUGAAAAAUGAACUUCUUGAAUCCCAAAAUAAGAAAGUUAAUAAAUUAUUAUUUUGGUCAUAUACUACUAGCACAUUUGACUCCAACAUUUUCAAUAUGGAACUUAAUUCAUUGAACCAAGAUCUAAAACCUAAUUUAACAAAUUCCAAUAAUUUUAAUCAUGCUAAUUUUAUUUAUGACAAAGAUGAUAUAAAUAUUCAGAAUUCAAAAUUAAAUAAACCAAAAAAAAAUGUAACUUUUUUUUUAUCUUCUGAGGAUAAAAUAUCAGUGGAAACAAAUGAUCAGAAUGUCAAUACUUGCAAAAACUUAAAUACACUUACAGAAGAAGUCAAUAAAAACAUAAAUAAAAACUCUUCAAAAUUAAAAAAUAUUCUUAAUGUGGAAGAUAUGGACGAGGAUACUAUUCAAUUUACAAAAAAAGAUGUAAUAGAAUCAAAAGAGAUUAACUUUGAAAAUAAAGAUAAUAUGGAUAAUGAUAGUGAUCUAAAUUCCUAUACUAAUAAAUCUAAAACUAUUGAUGUACUGUCAGAUACUGAAUUUAAAAAACCAAAUAAUCCUGAGCAAGAUACAAGUAUAAUGAAGCCAAAAAUUAUUCAACCAAGUAAAAUGAAAACAAAUAAGAUCAUAAAUAUAGAUAACAAUUUUAAUCAAGAAAAAGUUAUAUCAUUGAGUUUAUCAAUGAACAAUAAAAAUCACCAUAAUAAAGAUUGUCAUCUAACUAAUGAAGACCAAUUACAAAAACUAAAUGAUUUAAAUUUUAUGGAACAUUCAAAUUUAAAAAAUAUUGAUUCUGAAAAUAUUAACAUAUUUGAUGAUUUAUCACAAUCACAAGAAAAUGUAUCUGAUAAUCAAAAUAAAAAAUUAUCCGAUGCAUUUUGGAACUUUUGUGCAGAACCAAUAUCUCAAAAUAGUGGAGACAGUAGUUUUUGUGGGUCAGACUUAUCUGAAUUAUUUGGAAAUUCUUAUGAUAUUAGUCAAUAUCAAGAUAAUGUACAAUGCCAUUUUACUAAGUCUUUUAAUAAUAACUCAGAUAUAACUCCUGAAUCAAAUUUUCAAGUAUUAAAAAUUCCACAACAAUCAGGAAAUUUUAUGUUUCAACCUUCACAAAGUGAAUCAUCUAAGAAAACUAAAACUAAUAAGAAUAUAUUUAUAAAUGAAGCAACAUCCAGUGCAUCUAAUGAUUUUACCCUACCCAAUGAAUCACAUUUUCUACCAUCUGAUCAAUUUAGAUUCAAGUUUUUGUAAAAAAAAAAAAAAAGUAUAAGUAAAGAAAAAUAAAUGCUUUAUACAUAUGUGAGUAAAAGCUAAAUGUACAUUUUAACAAAUACCUAUUUUAUUUAACAACACCUAGUUAAUUAGUGAGUAUUUAUUCGUAUUACUUUUGCAUGUAAUUCUUAAUUUGAAUACAUUUU